UCCUCCAGAGUGGUUUGGAGAAAGCCAGAAGUCUUUGGACCCCCUGUCUCUCUGCUUUCGAGUUCGUCCUCCCUUCCCGGCAGCCCGGAUCGCUUUGUCUUCUGGAAGCCAGAACCGUGCUUGCAUCUCGCAGAGAGAGCCUGGAGCCAGAGGGAAUGGGCCCUAGGAGCCUCAGACCUCCUCAGGUGUUGGUGACAUUCAGGGAUGUGGCUGUGGACUUUACCCCCGAGGAGUGGGGCCUCUUGGACCCUCCUCAGAAGCAGCUGUAUAAGGAGGUCAUGCUGGAGAAUGCCUGGAACCUGCUGUCCUUGGGGCUUCCAGUUCCCAGACACGAUGUGAUCUCUUAUUUUGAGCAAAGGGAAGUCCCCUGGAUGCUGCACCCAGAAGGCUCGAGGAGCUGCCCUCCAGAAAAAAAGAUCAGACUUGAAAUGAGGAAACCUACUACAGAGCAAAGCCUUUCAGUGGUAGAAUCUCUCAAGACAAGAUUCAUCAGUGAUGGUUCUGCUAACUUCAUUUGGCAAGAGAUCUGUGAUGAACCUGAGAAGGUCCACAUUGGAGAGAAAUCUUAUGAACAUCACCGAAGUGGAAAGGCUUUUACAGAAAGUGGAGCUCGUACUAGACAUUUACAGAGAAUUUAUACUAGAAAGAAACAUUAUGAAUGUAACCAAUGUGGAAAGGCUUUUAAAAAUCGGAGAGCUCUUACUGUACAUCAGAGGAUCCACACUGGGGAGAAACCUUAUGAAUGUACCCAGUGUGGAAAGACUUUUAGACAAAAUGGAGCUCUCACUGUACAUCAGAGAAUUCACACUGGGGAGAAACCUUACAAAUGUAACCAGUGUGGAAACACUUUUAGACAAAAGGGAGCUCUUACUGUACAUCAGAGAAUCCACAAUGGAGAGAAACCUUAUAAAUGUAACCAGUGUGGAAAGGCUUUUAGAGACAAGGGACCUCUUACUGAACAUCAGAGAAUCCACACUGGAGAGAAACCUUAUAAAUGUAACCAGUGUGGAAAGGCUUUUAGAGAUAAGGGAGCUCUUACUGUACAUCAGAGGAUUCACACUGGAGAGAAACCUUAUGAAUGUAAUCAAUGUGGAAAGGCUUUUCGAGAAAAGGGACCUCUUACUAUACAUCAGAGAAUCCACACUGGAGAGAAACCUUAUGAAUGUAACCAGUGUGGAAAGACUUUUAGACAAAGGGUAGCUCUUACUGCACAUCAGAGGAGCCACACUGUAGAAAAACCUUAUGAAUGUAAUCAAUGUGAAAAGGCUUUUAGAAAUCGGAGAGCUCUUACUGCACAUCAGAGGAGCCACACUGGAGAGAAACCUUAUGAAUGUAGCCAGUGUGGAAAGACUUUUAGGAGAAAGGAAACUCUUAGUGUACAUCAGAGAAUCCAUACUGAAGAGAAACCUUAUGAAUGUAACCAGUGUGGAAAGACUUUUAGACAAAGGGGAGCCCUUAAUAUACAUCAGAGAAUUCACACUGGGGAGAAACCUUAUAAAUGUAACCAGUGUGGAAAGACUUUUAUAAGAAGGCAACCUUUUACUGACCAUCAGAGAGUUCACACUGAAGAGAAACCUUAUAAAUGUAACCAGUGUGGAAAGGCUUUUACAAGAAGGGGAACUCUUAUUGUACAUCAGACAGUCCACACUGGAGAGAAACCUCAUAAAUGUAAUCAGUGUGGAAAGGCUUUUAGAAAAAGAGCAUCUCUUAUUGGACAUCAGAGAAUCCACACUGGAGAGAUACCUUAUGAAUAUAACCAGUGUGGAAAGACUUCUAUAUAAAAAUCUGGUUUUUACCAGUUCUGUGAUGAAAUGUAACGACAUUAAAAUAAGGAAGAAAAUAAAUUAGGGACAUAAUACUGGGAGAAGAUGAUAUGGUGCUGAUGCCUUCCAUACUUAGCCUUGUCUUGCUAUAAUGCUUUAGCGAGGUGAGGAAAAUAAAAAUUUCCUUGGGAUAGCAGACAGCUUCUUGGGCAUAAUGGAGCUUUCCUUUUCUUCUGGUCACCUGCUUGAAAGGCAUGCUGGUCGAAUGGGAAGAUCUCUACUUUUGGAGUCAGAGGACAUGGGUUAAAUUUAUGUUCUUUGGAAAGUAAUUUAACUUUUUAACGGUGCAUUCAGGUUAGGAUUUGUGAGGUCCUGUUUAGCUUUUUGGAGGUCUCUGGACCAGCCUUCGUUUCAGCAGAGUACUCACCAGGAGAAUAGCUAGCAAUGGAGUCAAAAAUCUUUAUUGUCUCCUUCAAAGUCCCGUCUCCUUGCCUGGGGCUUGGGCUAGCUUUCUGGAGGUCCUCUGGAAUGUGUCUUGGCUUCUGUGGGGAAGGCAGGAGGACCACCAUGAUGGUCUCUGUCUUAAAGUCUCCCUGUGUCUGGGAGCUUGUGCUCCAACCUCCAGUCCUCUGUUUUUCCUAAGUCUGUUCCAGUUCCCUAUGGUGGUGGGAGAUGGAGUGCAUGUCUCUGGCUGAGUUUGUUCCAGCUUAUAUAUUCUAUUAUAAUUACAUCACAGUAGGUGUGAAUCUAUUAGAACUAUAUUAAGUACUAAGUACAUGUACUGAACUAGAGAACUAUUAAUCGCCAUGCUAAACUAGAUAACCGUUGUCUUAUCAAUUCCACUGAGUUAACAGCUUGUUGUAAGAAUUUCUCCAGAAUUCUGCAUCAUUACAGUUAUUAUUUAAAAGACUUAUAUUUCUAUGGGCUCAUGACAAGUAUUGCAUUAAAUGGCAGAUGUACUCAAAGGUCCAUUACAAAUAUCGCUUAAUGUUGGGCUUUUAAAAAAUAAUGUUUAAUAUAUAAAAUAACUUGUAAAAAUGA